GCGGGCCAUGGAGGGGGGCGGCGGCGGCGACGGCGGGGCGCGGCGGCGCGAGCUCGAGCGCAUGGCGGAGGUCCUGGUCACCGGCGAGCAGCUGCGGCUCAGGCUGCACGAGGAGAAGGUUAUUAAAGACAGGCGGCAUCAUCUCAAGACCUACCCGAACUGCUUCGUCGCGAAAGAGCUGAUUGACUGGCUGAUCGAACACAAGGAGGCGUCUGACAGAGAGACGGCGAUUAAACUCAUGCAGAAGCUAGCAGACCGGGGCAUCAUCCACCACGUUUGUGAUGAGCAUAAGGAAUUCAAGGACGUCAAGCUCUUCUACCGCUUUAGAAAGGACGACGGCACCUUCCCCCUGGACAACGAAGUGAAGGCCUUCAUGAGGGGACAGAGGCUGUAUGAGAAGUUGAUGAGCCCUGAGAACACGCUCCUGCAGCCCCGGGAGGAGGAGGGGGUCAAGUACGAGCGCACCUUCAUGGCGUCCGAGUUCCUGGACUGGCUGGUGCAGGAGGGGGAGGCCACGGCGCGGGAGGAGGCGGAGCAGCUGUGCCGGCGGCUGCUGGAGCACGGCAUCAUUCAGCCCGUGUCCAACAAGCACCCAUUUGUGGACAGCAAUCUUCUCUACCAGUUCAGAAUGAACUUCCGGCGGAGGCGAAGGCUGAUGGAGCUGCUCAGUGAGAAGUCCCCGUCCUCCCAGGAGACGCACGACAGCCCCUUCUGCCUGCGGAAGCAGGGCCACGACAACCGGAAGUCAGCCAGCUUCAUGUCAGUCAGCCCCAGCAAGGAGAUCAAGGCCGCGGCGGCGGCGCGGAGGAGCAGCAUGAGCAGCUGCGGCAGCGGCGGCUACUUCAGCAGCAGCCCCACCCUCUCCAGCAGCCCCCCGGUGCCCUGCAACCCCAAGUCCGUGUUGAAGAGGCCCGUCACUUCUGAGGAACUCUUGACUCCUGGGGCUCCGUAUGCGAGGAAGACGUUCACGAUCGUCGGCGACGCGGUCGGCUGGGGCUUCGUGGUGCGCGGGAGCAAGCCGUGCCACAUCCAGGCCGUGGACCCCAGCGGCCCGGCGGCGGCGGCGGGCAUGAAGGUCUGCCAGUUCGUCGUCUCUGUGAACGGGCUUAACGUGCUGCACGUGGGCUACCGGACGGUGAGCAACCUGAUUCUGACCGGGCCCCGCACCAUCGUCAUGGAGGUCAUGGAGGAGCUGGAGUGCUGAGCCCGGGCCGGGCAGCGGCUCGCGGCGGGCGGGGCGGCGGCGGCGGCCCCGCGGAUCUGCGCUCCGCACACUCGCGUCUUCAUUCGAGUUUCCUGCGCUGAUGCCCUGUUGAAUGCAGGAGAACCAGGGAGUAUGUCUUUAAAAAAGAAAAAAGGGAAAAAGACAACACCUGUCGGUGCAGAAAAAGUUUCAGACAUAGAAUUUUUUUCCCGCAUAGUUGCAUUGCCUUACUCAACUUCCAUUUGUAGUUCACGUCCGUUGUUUCCGGUCUCGGUUCACAAAAAGUUGAGAUGCUUCUUUCGCCAAAACAGCAACGUGCUAAAUCUGCCUUCGUGGGAAUCAAUACGGUAGUUUCUCUAGACUUUACGUUCUACUCUCACCAAAACGAGCAUGGAUCUGCUUAUUAGAGGAUCUCGAUUUCACUGAAUUUCAAACUGAAGCAACAUCCAAAGGAAUAGUACUUGUUAACUGGCGUUUUGAAGGUUCUAAAGCGUUUUUUGACUUUUUCUUAAUUCCUGCCUUUAGUAUCAACUUCUAACUUAAUGUGUGUUUUCAGUCAUGGCAGUGGUCAAAAAGCAAACCCUUUGUGAUGACGUGGGUGGGGCAGAGAGAGAGAGAAUUACUUAAAACUAUGUGGGCUCUGUUUUCUCUUUCUGAGCCUGGAUCAUUCUGUCAAUCAGCAAGAGCAGCUUUCUAGAAAUAAUUCUGAAUAUGUUUGUAUGUACAUAUAUAAUUCAGAAUCAUGCUUCUGCCAAGAUCUCACGCUGAAGCUGUCCCUUGUGAAGUAUUCUGGAACUUGGCCCAUAUAUGAUAACACUUGAAACUAAAUUGCCUUAUUGGCCUGAAUUUUCACUAGCUUUCUAGUGUGACACCUUCUAGGAACAUGACAUGCUGCUUAUUUGGUGGGAUUAUUUUUUGCCAAAAGCACCUUCUUGUGCUGUAACUUUUUAGCCCACUUGUACAUAUGCACGUGUCUUUUUUUUUUUUGGUUUUGUUUUUGGUCUUGAAGAAAAUGCAUUUUGGAGCUUGGUGUGUAGAGGAAGUUUCUCAGAGUGCCAAAUUAGGGAGUCAGGGAAUGCCCAAUUCCUUUUAUUUUCAUAUAACGCGGUCUGAAUGACGAGGCUACUUUCUUAUCAUGUAGUAACAAAGUGCGCAUGUUGUGCCUCGGCCUUUGUUUAGUGAUGGGUUAUAACAUGGUGGUUCUGGUAGAGUGGACGCGCUGUGCUGAAGAUGUCAGCUCUCUGUGUUUCUGGUAACCCACCUUUCUCGUCUGUAGCCUUAGGCCGAGAGCAGGGUUUUGCAGGAAUGCAGAAUCUACCGCGAGUCCUGUCAGCCCCGCCGCGGGAAGUCCUGGCGUCUCCGUGUGCCCGCGCGUUUACGCCGUGCACCAGGCGCUGUGACCGCUCUCCAUGCUCAUCACGACCCGCGAGGCAGUUAGAAUCGCCCUGGUGUUUCGGACUUUUCGCUCAGUCUGAGCAAGUUUAGAGGAGGUCUCUAAGGCCCCACCGCGGCAGGAACUCCUGGGCGACAGCCUGGAUUCAGGCACCGUCUGUCCAGUGCAGGCGCCCUGACCCCACCCCAGCCCUCCGCAGCCUUCUGCCCCCGAGCUGCGCGCACACUGCGGCCUCUCCUGCUGACCCGGGCGGUCAGCGGCGGCCGCAUCGCCGUGUCACAGCGGAGGAAGCGGGCUCAUCAAGGCCCGAGGCUGUUAACAGUCCAGGGGAGGCGUUACCCAUCAGGCUUUCUUUAAAGGUCGUCCCAGAUGCCUUCUGGGCCUGGGUGUUCACCACCGACUCGAGGAGGAGGCAGGCCUCCGGGGACGGCAUCCUCCCGCCGGCCGCUGCUCCUUUGCUGCCGACCUGAUGACUCUUCGGGUGUUGGCCCAGCUCCACGUCCCUUCAGCCAGUCUAAGCAGCAGAGAAAGGCUUUCUUUGAUUCAGAGGGUGGCGUUGAUGUCUUUGCUCAGAUGAAGGCCCAGGUGAAGGAAGGGAUACUAAGGUGAAGGGAGGGAAGCCUUUGGCUCCCACCACCCUGAGCUUAAAGCCCAAAAGCCAGAGAAUUCUGCUUCAGGAGAGCGCCCCCUGAACCGUGGCCCCAGCCCACACUUCAUCCUCACCCUGUGAGUGCUCCUCACCGAGGGCCUGGCUGAGCUUUCUCCAGCCUUUGCACAUCCAGUUUUUCCUCCCUGGAAUAUUAUCCUUUCUCUGUCUCUGCCUGGAACGGUCUGUCUUACGAACUCCCGUUAGAUAUUGUCUUAGAUAUUCCCUCUGGGAAAUCUUCACCAGCAGCCUGGUUCUGGGAUGGAUGCCCUUCUCUGACUUCCCGGGGACCCCUAUACACCAGCCUCCCGCGAUCCCAGCACUGCUGACAUUUCCUCGGAAACAGUCCCGUCCCCCGUGCUGUCUCCCGGAGAUCUCUCUCAGCGUCUGCAGAACGGGACUGUGUCAGGCGUUGCCGUCGCCUAGCACGUUUCCUGACACAGAGCAGGCUGUCAGCUCUCCACUGCUUCUGAGCAGUCAGGCCGGAGCAUAGCUUCUCACACUCCUGAUUCGCCCAGGAGCCUGUGGUUGGCCUUCGGGCAGAGCUGUGCUAGGGUGACUGAGCACAGCCUGGUGUCCUGGCUGAGUUCACACGCGCACCUGAGGUCAGUGCUCAGGGCCGAUGCUCGGGGCUGGCUGGCGGGGGCUGGCUCUGUGACUCCGUCUGGCUGUGGCCUGGGGCUGUGGCUGAGACUCCUCCGUUGGACUCACAUGGUCUUUCCCCAUAGCUGACCCAGGCUUCCUUGUUAGGUCUCAGGAGAUCAAGUGAAGUGAAGUGAAGUCGCUCAGUCGUGUCCGACUCUUUGCGACCCCGUGGACUGUAGCCUACCAGGCUUCUCCGUCCAUGGGAUUCUUCAGGCAAGAAUACUGGAGUGGGUUGCCAUUUCCUUCUCCAGGGGGUCUUUCCGACCCAGGAAUCGAACCCGGGUCUCCGGCAUUGGAGGCAGACGCUUUAACCUCUCAGCCACUGGGGAAGCCGCGAGCGCCAAAGAGAGGAAGAAGAGAAGCUGCAAGCCCUUCUGUGGACCCGCCCGAAGCCGCCCAGGGUCACUUCCGUAGCCUUUUCUUGGCUGGUGCAAGUCACAAAGCUAGCCCAGAACCAAGAGGCCCGAAAGCAGGCCGCCCCUGUGAUGGGAGGAGCUGCCGAGAGUCUGGCCGUUUUUAAUCCGCCCAGAGUAGAUACUCCCUUUUGAGUGAAGGCCUAAGGAGUGACCUCGCUGUUGCAAGACGUCAGCAAUCCAGAUGCCACUCACUGCCCACCCGCUGGGUAGAAGUGCAACCUUGUGAACAAAGCCCCACGCCCAGUGAAAACUGAAGUCAGGAGAUCCUAAAGCCGCAGUGCUGUGUGGGGCCCCGGCAGCGCGGGUGUUGCCCUCUGCCUUUCGCUGAGGCGUGGAGCGGUCUUGGUGGGCGGGCCGGGGCCCAGCACCUCCCUCCCUGCAGUCGCGAGUCCUCAGCGUGGCCUCCCCAGUGCAGGGCGGGGUGGGGAAGACGGGCGUUUGGCUUUGGCUUGUUCGUGACACGUGGUUGUGCCGUGUACCCGUGAAAGUGAAGGAUACGUUCUUUAACUCAGGCCUUGAGUUGUUAAAUCAUAGCAUAUUAAAAAGUAAAUAUUUUUUAUGGCAUUUUGACAGUUGAACUGCUUUAAAAUUCAGAAAUUCCAGUCCUAAACGGAACACCAAGAAUUAUUCCGAAUUAGGAGGAAGCAGGAUUUUGAAGAACUUUUAUUUCCUACGUAUGUGUGUGUCUGCGUUGUGGGGAAUUGUGUGUGAGUUGAGAUCGCUCAUGGAGAAUCUCUGAAAUGGCUUAGUUUGUUCCCAGAGAAGACACGUUUGGGUUUCCAGGUGUCUGUGUGUCUGUGAUGGAGACAGAAAUCACUUGACGUCGAGUCACGAGCACAUGUGUACUUUCGGUGCUGAUUUGAAAGCCAUGUUGGUUGAUUCUGCUGUAGAGAGAAACCGCAGCCGUCCUUGGGGCUGGUUCUGCUAUCGGAUGUUCUCUUAUUAACCUCUGUCAGAUAAUUAUAUGAACUGAUAAAUUUCUGGUCGAGAAAUGGUGGGUAACAUGAAGAGAUCCGUGUUUGAGUAGAUUAGAUACGACCAACCUCACACUGCCUUAAGGUGAAUGCAUUGGAGCGGUAACAAUUAAUAGUUUAAAAAUCACUGCUUUCAGUCCAAAAUAGAGUCUCACUUUCCCAAAUACUCAUUCCUUUCAAAUAUGUCAUGAAAAUAAUCUGCUUUAAGAUCUGUUUGAAUAGUGUUGACUAUUCUCUCCUGUUCAAUAUUAAUCGUGUUUCAUUUUGAUUAUCUGUGAUCAGAAUAACCCAAGAUCAUUUCAGUUUUGCAAAUUGGUUGGAGUCUGUUGGUAUCAUUGACCAUGGUUUUACUCAUUCAAAGAAGAAUUUCAGAUAUAAUGUGUUUUCCCUCAGUUCAGUACCAAGAGGACAAAUUUACUGUGUACCAAAAGGAAGUUCAUAAUCAAAAUCACUAUAUGGUAUUGUGAAAUGCAUUAAUAUAUGUACUUAAUAUAUAUGUUUAUUUUUAAAUUAGGUUGAAAUUUAUUUUCUCUGUUUCUUAAAAGUUACAGCAAAAUAAUUAAAAUUAUAAUAUGACAAUAGUAUAGCAUGAAAUAAAUGUUAAAUUUUUAAAAUGAUGCCUUUAAGGUUUCAGCUUUUCCUUUCUUUAGAGAAAAUUAACCAUUUUUUUAUCCUAAGAAAGAGUUGCAUUGUAAAGCUGAUCUACAACUAAUCUGUCAGAGAGCACACGUGGGGCUGGUGUCCAAUUCUCUAAUGUAACCAAAAGUGCCAUUUGUAAAACUACUUAAUGAUGGAUGUUUUCUGAAGCUCUUUUGCCUGGAAAAAAGAAAAAAAAGUGCAUUAAAAAGGU